AUGAAUAGAAACCGGACGAAUAAAGAUAUUUUGGAUCGUUUUUUUGCGAAAAAUAAGAAAAACGAAGAAGAAUCGAAGGAGGAGCAAAAGGAAGUGGGUAAAUUCAGCUACGCAAUAAUCCGGAAUAUUCCAAAAGAAUUGCACUCGAAAGACUUAAGAAAAUACUUCAAACGGUUCAUUGAGGCGGAAAAAUUCCAAUGUUUUCAUUAUCGACAUCGGCCGGAGCUUCAGGCGGAAUCGACCUCACAGGAAUCCUCCGAAAGCAAGACCUGCUGCUGUCUGAUCUCCCUCAACACCCCAAAAGAUCGAGAGGAAUUUAUCGGCGAAUUUCACAAAAGAAACUGGCAAAACUCAUCGGGCGUCGAAAUUCCCCGCCGAUGCUUCGUAGAUCGGCUGAAAAUCGGUGAAAAAUCGAUAUCUGUGGAUGAUUUGAAGGAGAUGAUCGAGUUGAAACCACCGGCCGUCAUGCCUAAUGGAAAUAUCGGCACUCCCAGUCAAUAUUUUUUGGAACAAAUCCGAAUGUGUCGGUUGCCUGCCUCAGUUAUCUCAAAACUAGGCAUAGAGACACAAAAACGACCGAAAAAGUUUGGAGAAGUGCCGUUUAGCUAUGAUAUUGACCAAAGUUUGGAACCAGGAACCUCAAAAAGCUCAAAAAGUGCUCAAAAAACUAUAAAAGAGCCCUUAGAACCGCCGGAAAAAGAGGAAAAAGAGGAUCCGACAGAGAGAAUCCGCCGGAAUCAGAAUCCAGGUGACAAUGAUUCUGACGGUGACAACGACGACGAUCAAUGUGAAGAGUGGGAACGUCAUGAGGCUCUUCAUGAAGACGUGACGGAACAAGAUCGAAUAAAACCAAAGAAAUAUGAAGAGGAAAUGGAGGUUACGUGGGAGAAAGGAGGUCCCGGAUUGGUGUGGUACACGGAUAAAAACUAUUGGGAUGAGCAGGAGAAGGGCACGGAUUGCGACUGGGCUUGGGCUGACGAUUGGGACGUCGACUAUUCCGUCUACUACGAAGGAAAAUCAGCGGGUGAUAUGGACGCCCGAGCGGCCGUCGAGAUGAGGAAUGACGAGUUGCAACGCGCUGGGAAACUGGAACAAUCGGUGUUCACAAAAGGGAAACCGCCUGGGAAACCGACAAACCGAAAACGACGAAACAGCGACACCACCGCCGUCGCUUCCGACACUCUUCACAAAGGAAUCGGCGGCACGAUGCUCUCCAAAAUGGGAUGGAGACAAGGAAUGGGACUUGGAAAGAAGGAGCAAGGGAAGAUUGUGCCGGUGGCGGUGUAUGUUGAGGAGGAUGGACAAAGUAGCAGGGAGAAGACGGGAUUCGGGUAUCGAGGCGAGAAAAUGUCGAGGAUUGUGCAGAAGAAACCGAUCCGGCAUGUUAUUGCGUCGGUAUUCGACAAAGCCACCGAUUCCUCUCUGGACACUGAUCAGAGCACUGAGAAAGAAACGGCGACCGGCGAGGUGCUCUUCAGAAGCGAGGAGCUCACUAAAAUGAAGUAUCGCGAUUGA